AUGCAGCUUUGUUGUGCGGGUGGCCAGCGACACAUCUUCCAAAGCUCUGAGACGGAAAGUGGCCUGCAGGCUGUUGUGUGGAUCUGCAGCUUUGCGCUGUGGCAGCACGGCGAUGUUUCGGCCAGCCUGUCUUCACUGGAUCGCUGCCCUUUCGCUGUGAGCAUGCGUGCGGUCCAUCGGGUACUCGUACUUACGGAUAACUCCGCCGAGACACUGGAGCGAUGUUGGGUGGUGUUUGAAGCCGCUUUGGCGCACGAGCUGCGGAAGGACUACAACAUCUGCCUUCCUGACGACGGAGAUGCCGACUGUUGGAACAUCGUCGGGCGAAAGCUGGAGAGAGUGGAUGUGGAGGCGUGCAAAGCGUCCAACCAGAAGGACAAGCAAGA